AUGAACCGCAGAACGCUCCUCGACAUCGCGAUUGCCGCACUCGUGUUUACAUGCAUAGCAUUCCUAGCUAGUCUUGGCUUGACUAUCUUUGGAUUCGUUAAACUCCACCGUCGUGGGUCAAACGGGCCUUCAAGCCUCUCAUGGGUCAAAGCUUCCUUGACCCUGACCACAACGUGGCUGGCCCUAGAGGUCAUGGCCCAGACUGUCCCUGACACUAGUGCCUCUGCUGGUAUCUACGACAAGGCCAACCCUAGCUUUCACACCAACGUAAUUUGUGCUCUUUUUGGCGCGACUGCUUUUGUUGUGACCAUGUUCACUGAAGUUGAGGUCGUGCGAGAUUUCAAGACAUCCUCGGCACAAUGGGUCCCUCGCAAGUUGGCCUUCUCGAUCCUCGGACUGGUUGUUUCCCUCAACUGCUUGAGAAUUUUCCUCGCCGAGGCUUUGCUCUUCACGCAGAUUGAAAAGCUGGGUUUAGUGUGUAAUGCCAUUGACGCUGCUACAAUUCUGAUUCUCCUGCUUUUCGGCAUUACUGCUUUCGUGCUCCUUGUCAGGGCAAAAGAUGCAGUCAGCUCCCGUAUUUUCAAAUACUUGGUCGCCAUCUACAUCAUCACAUUAUGUCGUCUCUCGUACCAGUCUAUCUACACCAUCCUAUACUUACUCAGCAUUUAUUCUCUUGAUUUCGGCCCAUAUUGGACCAUUUUCAUGCAAAUUCCUUCAGUCUUUAUCUCGGCUUGGAGUCUGCUCGCGUGCCUUGGUCUUAUUUACCACGUGGCUUCGCUCGGCUGCAAAGGUGAAGACGUUAAUGAUGGUCUCUCAGCAGACGGCGAUAAUAGUCUCAAAGAUGAAGAGUUUUAG